UUAGGGGAAGGGCUUUGUGCUCUAGUCUAUACUAACAGCUUGAUUUAGAGGAAGCGAGGAGAUCCAUUUCUGGGCGAGCGGGGCGAGUGCGCGUGAGGAAGGUUUGAGUUCUGAGCUCGAGGCAACAGAAAAGCGACAGAAUGAUCAUCGUCAUUGAAGAUCAGGAUGCCUUUAACAAAGCUCUGGCUGAGGCAGGCGAUAAGCUGGUAGUGGUCGACUUUACAGCUACGUGGUGUGGGCCUUGUCAGAGCAUAGCUCCUUUUUACAAAGGUCUGUCUGAAAAUCCUGCCAACUCUAAUGUGGUCUUCCUCAAAGUAGACGUGGAUGAUGCUCAGGAUGUGGCCCAGUCUUGUGAGAUCAAAUGUAUGCCAACAUUCCACUUCUACAAGAAUGGGAAAAAGGUGGAUGAUUUCUCUGGGUCCAACCAAGCUAAACUGGAAGAGAUGGUGAACAACUACAAAUGAUCAGGCCUAAUGAGACACCCUCAUAAGUUUCCUGUGCAGCCCAAUCUCCAAGUUUACUAACAAUAACCCCCUGAAUUUUAUUUUCUAAUGAAGGGUUUUCUUAGAAUUAUUUUAGCUUGUAAAA